CAACGCAUAACGUGCGAUGUGUACGUGAAAUGCGUGUGUGUGUUUGUGUUGGCAGCGGAGUACAUCCACGUGUGCCAGCGGGACGCCCCUGACAUCGACGCCUGCAUCAACGCGUCCAUCAACGCCUUGCGGCCGCAACUGCUCUCAGGCCUACCAGAACUGGAUGUUCCACCUCUAGAUCCUGUAGCUCUGGACGAGAUCAAGUUAAGCCGAGGACCUGCGGGUGCACUGUUCGAAGCAACGAUUCGCAACAUCAAAGCCUUUGGAGCACCCAAUUUCAUAAUUGAAGAACUCAAAACUGAUCUGGAGAAAAAUGUCUUUGAUUUCAAAUUACUACUUCCCAAAAUAAAUUUUCUGGGUGAUUAUCAACUCCGUAUGAAUAUAUUAUUAAUUAAUAUUUUUGGUAAAGGACACAUCACUGGUAAUUUUACGAACUAUAAAUGUGAUUGUCAUUUAAAAGGUAAUAAAGUCAUUAUUAAUGGUGAAGAAUACUUGAAAUUUGAUCGAAUGGGCCUCAAACUGAGCAUUGGUAAAGCCAAAUUUUAUAUGAGCAAUCUAUUUAAUGGAGAUCGUCUUCUAGGUGAAGCUACAAACAGAAUAAUAAAUGAGAACGUUGACCUCUUAUUAGCUGAAGUGUUACCAGCUAUGGAAAUAUCACUGGCAAACGUGUUUACAGACAUUGCCAACAAAAUUAUGCUUUCGUAUCCCUACGACAUAUUAUUUCCGCAUAAAUAAUUUUAUAAUAUAUAGGAUAUUUUGUAUACCAAAAAUUUUCUCAAAGUGACUGUGAGAAAGUUUCUUUAUUGUACAAU